AUGGACAAAAUAAAUCAAGUGCUUGUAUUAAUUUUCGUGACUUUUAUAAUUUGUUUCUUUAUAAGAUACGGAGAAAGCAGUGAUCAGUCGGAAGUGUAUAGACAGAAGAGAUAUUUGAGUUUUCGAAAUGUGUCCCAUUUCUUUGUUCGUUUCAACUUCAAAGCGAAUAUGGUCCCUUGGAAUCAAAUUUUCGCACAAGCGCUUGGCUUCCGGAUGAACUGGGAUGACCCUCCAGACUCGUUUUAUCCUUACCAUCAUCUAAGCCGACGUGCUGUAUUUAGAAAUAUGGAAAUAUUAUUGAACAGAAAUGGCUUGAAUGGCUUUCAUUGCGUUCGUCGAGCGAUUUGUGAAGCUAAUGAAAUAAAUGAACCUGAAGCGAUUUAUUUUAAAAUUCUCAAAAUUGUAUUCAGGCAACAGUCUUCCGAAACAGAGAAGUGGCAUGGAAAUACUGAAGAAGAUUGUCAAAUAUCUACCUACACAUGCCCGUUGUCUUUACUUGAGGUUUCGCCGUACACUGAUAUCUAA